ACUUGCUACUAAACUUCCCCAUUUUCUACUGUCUCCGUGAAAGCUACAAAUAAUAAUUUAUGUCAGACGGAGUCAGCAGAAAUUCAUCUGAGCCCAUUGCUGUGAAAUGCCGAAGAAAUUAAGCCACCUGUAUAAUUUAUUUAACAUAGUUAUUGUUAUCCUUUAGUCUGCAGCGGACCGGUUAACGCAAGUCGCCGUCGGAAUGAAUACUUUGUUUAAAUUCCGGAAAUAUUUAACAUGCUACGCCAACAUCUAGAUACAUAAUGUAACGGAGAUAAAUGUUCGUUGGUGGUAGGAAUUUUAGGGUCCCUUUAACACACAGUGCCUUCCCCUCCCAUUUUGAAAGAAAUAUCUAGACCUAGAACCGGAAAUGGGAAAUUUCUUUCUUUGACGAGGCAAUUUCCUUCGGCGAAUGUAACGUGUCGGUUUCACGGACACUAAUUCCAUCAGAUCGCGAGUGAAUUCACUUUAAAUUAUUAAUCUGCCUGGAUCAGCCACGUUUAUUACUUGCUCCGGACAGCUGUGUGUCUUUGAGGGGGGGGAAGGUUUGAUUGUGAGCCGCGAAAGUUGCUGAAGGCUUAGCUUAGGAAGUUGUAAUGUCCGCCGGAGCGGCGCCGCAGAUCACGCCCGCAGCUCGGCGCCGCUAAAGCCUCCGCCGUCCGGUCUCCGGGCUCACGAUGGAUGCUUUCUGGAUGAUUGUGCUGCUGCUGCUGGUUCCGUUCCUGUGCUUCACAAGCAGCACAUUUGUCUUUUAUUUUAAAAAAUGUUUCUAUGUAGCAUGGAUGAUGUUUCUGGCCGUGUUUGCAAUCCCCAUCUGCAUUCUGAAGAGCGGAGGCAGAGACAUAGAAAACAUGAGGGUCAUCCGUUUCUUGGUGCGACAUGUGAAGUACCUCCUUGGCCUCCGUUUCGAGGUGAGCGGUUGGGCACACCUGCAGACUGAAGGGCCCUUUGUAAUCAUCUCCAACCACCAGAGCUCCCUGGAUGUCCUCGGCAUGAUGGAGAUCCUUCCCGACCGCUGCACCAUGAUCGCCAAGAAGGAGCUUGUAUAUGCCGGGACGGUUGGCAUCGUCUGCUGGCUUGGUGGCAUUGUCUUCAUCAACCGCAAGAAGACCAGCGACGCCAAGAGUGUGAUGGGCCAGGCUGCGCAGACCAUGCUCGAUCAGAAGAUCCGCCUGUGGGUCUUUCCGGAAGGCACACGCAACCAGAAAGGCGACCUGCUGCCUUUUAAGAAGGGUGCCUUCCACCUGGCCAUACAGGCACAGGCUCCCAUCGUACCCGUAGUGUUCUCCUCCUACAGCAACUUCUACUUACGAAAAGAAAAGCAGUUUAAAUCUGGAACCAUCAGGUUGAAGAUCCUCCCAAAGAUUGAGACAAAAGGAUUGACGUCAGAUGAUGUGGCCACUCUUUGUGAUGAAUCCUACAGCAUCAUGCGCUCAGCAUUCCUGGAGCUCUCGCGGGCAGGCAGCCAGAAUAACGGCCCGUCCACUCUCUGACUGCUCUCGUCUCUCCCCCCCACCCCACCCCCCCAGCAGCGCCUGAACACACAGGGCAGUGCAGUGGCAAUCUGUUCUCCAAAAACCAGACACCUCAGUAAAGAUGGCACAGCAGAUGUACAAUAACAAUAAACCCGCCCCCCCCACCCCACCAGAGUGCCACCAUGGCACGGCAGAUGUACAAUGUUACAGAAUUUCAAACAUCACCUAAGAGAUAUUUUGCUCAAAGUUUUGUUGCUACCUAUGGAGGAAAUUAUUUUUUCUUUUCCUCUUUUGUUUUUUUUUUUUUUUGCAGUUAAUAUUUACUGGUUCACAAGCGCUCUGAGUGCAGUUAGGGCAGUCAGGGCUGCAUAUGUCCUAAGUCCACCCUCCAGGAGCCGUGUUGCUUUGUAUGGCUUGCUCUGAAGAUGUGGACUCUUUAAUGGACAUGUGCCUAUUGUGCAUUCCUCACGUCCGUUUUCCCCCAUAUAUAUUUUUUCAUUUUACACUGUUCUGAUCCUACCAUAUAUUUUUUCAUUGUAUCCCCAGGUUUCUCAUUUUAACUGUCUUCAGUUUUAAAUUAAAAAUUUUAUUUUGGCUGUGUGUGCAUUUGACCGCUUUUCUCGCUUGCGGAUGUACAGGAUGCGUCAAGAUGGACUCCGACUUUUUCUGUGCCCCGUAUUUGCUGGUACAUUCCGGGUGUUGGCACCUUUCAGAGGAGAGUGAGUCUGGUAGAGGUGUCAAGUCAACCAGCAACGUGUCGUUUCCCCUGUUGCCUUACCUGUCUGAGGUUUCCCAAAACAGAAGAUCGUGGGUGUCAGCGUGCUCAACCAAAUGGAAAGAAAAUGAACAUAAGUGACUGGUUUGAUGUUGUAGUGAAUUAUUUGUGGACCCUGUUAUUUUUCCCCCAACAGUCUUGCAAGAUUCUGCAUGUAAUUGAAAAGAAAGUAUCUCCAAGUCUUGUAGUUAAAGAUAAUUUAUAUAUCCAAUGCUUUUUACAAUGAUUAUGCUUUCGUAUUGUCUUGGUAGCCCCAACCGUGAACUUGUCAAAUGUGUCAAAGGUCAUUUUGUUGAGUGCAAUUUUUAUUGUACAAAAAGAAUUACUGUUCCAAAGUGCAGGCUUCCUGUUGUGCCAAUGUUUCAGCUUUGAGUUACGGCUGCUUUAGAAUAUUACCACCGUUUCACUAAAAUUGAAAACCGUCAGUUUAAUCAUCAGUUUCUCAGGACUGACAUUAGUACUUGCGCAGUGUUAAUGUUAAUAUUAAUCUUAAAUGUAGGAAUGGAACUGUUCAUGUUGUGAGCGACAGGUGUGAGGUUAGUUGUGUGAAGCGGAGAAGCGCCCUGCUACAGCACUUAAAACUGCCGUCCAGACACACCGUGCUUCAUGGGGACACGGCUGGUGGUCUUUUCCUGAUUUUUUAUUUAUUUUUUUGUCUUUUAUUUUUUUUGUCUAAGUAGUGCAUCAAGACGAGCAUAACAGAAGAGAGAAAAUAAUCCAAACAUUCUGGCAUGAAUAAAUUUAAUUAGGGUUAUUAACUGUUUUGAAUGGGGCUUAAAUAGUUAAAAUUAAAGUUUACACACAUAAUUUGUUUCAUUGUUACCUGUUUAACGUGACUGAGCAAAGGGAAAUGGAUCUCUGGAAUUUAGAUUUCUUUCUUGGCUGUUCUGUAUAUUGCUGUUAACAAAUUAAUAUUCUGACGACUCAGGUCAGUUAUUUAUCAUUCAGUCUUAAAUUUACAAAGUAUUUCUUGCUUGUGGCAGCUGCUGUCAGGUUGGUGAACCAGAGGCUUUUGCCAAAGUUUGAAGUGGUUUGGUUUCGUAUUAAUAUACUUGAAGGGGUCGGUGGGAGUUUUUUUGUCCAAAUCCUAACAUGGAGUGGCUUGGGCUUGUUGCAUGACGAUGGGGGGGGGGGUGCAGUAUUUGCAAUGAAAACCAUAUAAUAAUGUCAUCAGAGUUCAAAGGAAGCCGUGGGCACACAUUACCUCCACCUCGAUAUCAUGAUCACUUCCUGUCCUCUAACGCGGUGUUACAUGAAGGUCAAAAAUAAAGGAAAUUAAGGAAUUUACUGCAUAAUAAAUAGUGUGUUAUGUCAUUUUAGUUUUUUAAUUCCAGUGACCGAUGUCCAUCUAAUAGUUAAGGACGUGUUUUAAAAUGUGUUAAGAGUUUCUGGCUUUCAGAGAGGGAGAGGGAGGCUGUUUUACCCUUGAGUGGAGUACCAGCAUCUGAUAAGUUUAGUGUCGGCCAUAUUAAGGGGAAGAAGCCUGUGUCAUGCACCGUUGUUUUAAUUGAUUUGCAAACUUGGAUGUUUUUUCUUUGUUUUUGAAAUUGGCAAAGCAGGAAAAUUAUUAAAUUUGAAUUGUUAGCGCCUUUGCUCAUUUUCUGUGUUUUAUACUAAAUGGUAUGAUUCAUUUGGAUUUUUUUUUCCCCACCCAAUUUCAAAUUAAUUUAUUUAUAUAUAGAUAUAUAAUUUUUAAAAAUCUGUUACUAACUUGUAAAAUACCUCUGCCUUUGGUAUUAGUAUUGAAAAAGGGAGUGAAGUAUGCAAAAACAGGUCCUUGUGCAAACAGAGGUCAGUUACUUCAGAUUAUAUUCAACUUUUGCAUUAGAAACACAUCUUUCUGCAAGAAAAAGGUGUUCCUAAGUAAUAUACCUUUACAGAAAUGUAUUUGACAAUGAAUGAUUAGUUAAGCACUGCAUCUUUGAUACUAAUUGUGAGGCUCUAUGUGGUCAGCAGGCAGUAUGACUAGUGAAUAGCACUCUGCUGUGUAUGAUUACGUGUAUCUGAAGCGAAGUGUGGAUUUUGGCUACCUGCUGCAUUGAGCUCCAUAGCAGCCUGAGUAAUAUUCUGUAAAAGUUUUUAUUUAACAGAAGCAUGUUUUCCUUGUUUAUCAAUUUGGGUUUUUAAGUUGCUCUGCUAUGUUAGUGUAAGCAAACAAGAUUCUUAAAGAAAUCAUUGCUGCCCCAUUACCCUAUAAACUGCAAAGCCCGGUGCUUCUUUGCUAAAGCAGUAAUAAUUGCUGGGCCUUGAGGCUGCUGACAUCGGUACAGUGACUGAGAGGAUUGUUAUCCAGUCGCGUGCCGUGUUGCUUGCUAGCUGCUUUGCAGACCCAUUUAACCUACUGACUGCUCUCACUCUCACACCAGGGCUUAAAUGAGAAGUAAAACUUUUUGAACGGUCACGCAUGUAGCGUCGGUGUAUGACUGAUUUAAGAUGUAUGCUUGGAGGGGGGGGGAUGUGUAAGUUGCUUUUGGAUAUAAGACUCUGAUGUAAAGCAGGAAUGGAAUCACAUCCAAGGCCACAAGAAUGUUAGUGUUAUACUGCUGCUCAGAUACUGCACAUCUACAGGUUGGCUGGGGGAAAGAUGGCGGCCGUUAGAGGCAAACACUGUAAUUCGCCUGGAUGCAGAAGCAGGAAUGUGCAGUUUAGUGCAUGCUAAAAAAGGCUAAAACUGGCUUUUUAGCUGACUGCACAUUGCCUGCUUACCGGGCACACUUCUUAUAGAGCACUGCAGCCUUACUGGGAUCCUAUAACACGUCCUGUGGUCUGAUGAACAUGCAAUGGGAAGUGAAACUGCAGCAUGUAAUGUUAAAGUUGGCUUUUUACGGUUCUUGUGUGAAGACCACUUUCAGCUAUAGGGGCCCCUUUACAACAUGGAUCCUUUGCCAUUUGACUGCCAUGUUAAAAUGUUAGGAUGUGAGGUAUUUCCCAGAAUGCAGUCUAGAGUGAAUUGGCGAUGCUGCAAUUCAUAUCUGGCAAGUGUGGGGUGUGCAUUCUACUACUGAUGCUGCUGUUCACGGGAAGCUUGUGCUAAUGUCUGUGUAGUAGAAACAUAGAUCCCAGAAGGAGUAACAGUCUCGAAUUAUGAUAUACAAUGAUGAAUUGCUUUUUCUGCAAAGCAGUUUGCAACUUAUUUUCUUGGCUUUCACAGUUUCUGUCCGUGAAGUCUAAUGUGCUGACCAAGACAAUACUUUGAUCACAUUAACAGAUAUCUGGGUAAUAUUUAUGAUAAGGUAUCAGCAUGUCACUGCAUAGGCAUAAGUGCACCCUAUAGUCUAAAGGGUUUCCCAGAAUAUUUAAAAUAGUAUUUAUCUUUACUGACUGUGAAUUGUAGGCCAAAAUGUGUUUUGUUUAAUUAAUAUAGGCUUAGCUAUUACAGGUGUUAUGGUGUUUUUUCAGUCACUGUGGGGGUGGUAGCUGCUUAUUCCGGAGCUAUUUACAGAACCCUCCCUAACUUUGUCAGGUGUCUGCAAGUUGCUGAUUUGCUGUUUGAUUCACACUUCGGAGGCUGAUUUGCUGGUGGGGCGUGAAUUGCUUUUUGCACCUGAAGGAUGAUUACAAAGAUGCAUUUUUGGUGGGGGGGUGAUUCUUUGAUACCCUUGGGUGGGCUUCGUUCGCUCCGUUGGAACCUUUAGUUUGCCCUAACCUUUUUUUUUACUGCAGAUGUUGAUGCUUUGCCUUCUGUUGCGUUACAUUUAUAAAACCCUCUAUGUAAACCUCAGAUUUAAGAAAUAUAACAUUUUAAAUAUAAGAAUUUUACGCGAGAUCCAAAAUAGAGAAAAAAUAUGAGCAUUACAUGGAAAAUUUCACAAAAUGUACUAUAAAUUUCACCAAAACUAGUGAAAGUGUACAAUUUUGCGGUAGCUUUAGGUAAAAUACCUGUAGGCCCAGCAUUUUUAGCAGCUAGCCCCACUGCGUGUGGUGUGCCACGUGCUGGUGUGCACACACGUGAUGUACAAACCCGGAGUAAAUCUGCUCAUGUCCGAAGAUGUAUUUAAUGCUCUUGAUUUCAAAGAAUCUGGUUGAAACUGUUUUAAGAAUGCCUUGAUGAAAAUAAAUUUCAUUUUUCCUAUGGGAA